GCCUUUUUUUACAACAAACGAUCGUUCUGCAUUUCACAUGCACAUUCCAUGCCUGUAAACUAGGGAAAACACCCUAAUCAACAGCACGCCGAAAAAUUCGUCUGCCAACGAAAACGAGGCGCUGCUAUUGGUCCGCUGCGAUUCAACGUCAUAUAGAGGUACCUGAACGAGGCGGCGGGGCAGACGACCACCUGUAAACUUUGCUUUGUGAGUUUCCUUCCUGCUGCUCUUGUGGAUACCCGCGCCCGGCUCGUAGGCCUAAUAUUUUUUUGCCUCUUGUGUGCUACGAGUCAUUGCAGAAGAAGAAAGUGACAUGUCGUGAUCGUCUGCAGCAAAUAUCGUCAGCUUGCGGUGUGUUGUAAAACAAUGGAUCGGGAUAAAUUUCACCGUGCUGCGCGUGACGGAUACCUCGACUUGCUGCGAGAAGCUACGCGCAAGGAUUGUAACACACCGGACGAGGAUGGUAUGACGCCGACAAUUUGGGCAGCCUACCACGGGCAUUUGGACGCUCUACGGCUCCUCGUCGGACGCGGAGGUGACCCCGACAAGUGUGACCACUAUGGGAACACGGCAUUGCACUGUGCAGCGGCCAACGGCCACAUCAACUGCGUCUCUUUUCUGGUCAGCUUCGGCGUCAACUUGUGGGCCCUGGACAACGACUUUCAUACUGCCAAAGACAUCGCCUCCCUCAACCAAAGGGAAGAGCUUCUGCGGUUCCUGGACCAGGCCAUAUCGAAGCAAAGUGCACUAAACAAGAAGCUGGUGCAGAGGCUGAAGGAGAAAGCGCUGAGGGACGCCGAGAAGCGACAGAAAAGCUACCAAAAGCUCACCCGGAAAGCGGCAAAGAAGGCAGAGAAGGACGAGAAAGUCCUUGAAAGACAGCGCCAGAAAAUGACCAAUGGUGAUAUGGGGACGCUGAACGGUGGUACGACCAUCAUUCCCAUCAAUGGAAUCCGGAAGGACUCCCAUCUUCUGUAUCAGACACCAAAGUUCUCGGACAUCGUCAGCAAUAAUUCGACGACAGUUUCAAGCAAGAAAGGGCUCGGAGCUGUCUCCAAGAAGAUCAUCCUCAAGAAACAAAGCGAUGCCAGCAGCAAUGGUUCUGGAGAGUUCAAGGUCCGUGGCGUCGAAUCCGACGGCAAGAAGUCUAUCCGAUCCCUCACAGGGCUUCGACGUGACACCGAAGUCCUAUUCGUCCCCAAAGCCGGCGAAGACGCCAACGGCAAUCGCUUGCCCCGCCUCAAAGAUGUCUUCGACGCCACCAGCGAACUAUCACGGGCCAUCAGCGAACCGGACUUCAAGCGUGCCGGCGACGUGGAACCGGGGAGCAUAUUCGAACGGCCGGGAUUCGGCAGCGUCGCUUUCCGGAACUCCAUCUCUGGAACUCUCCUCUCCUUACCCACGUGUCGAAUGGACGAAGAAGACGAAGACGAUGGGGAAGAAUCGGUCGCUCCGUCUGACAGCGUUGUCGACAGCAUUGGCUCAGCCGGAAGCCUCGCGCAGAGGACGAAGCCUUGGGACGAGGACGAAGACGAGUCCGAGACGAUGCCUGUCUUGGCCUUUUUGUCCGCCCACGGUUUGACCGAGUAUAUACCGUUGUUUACGCACGAGAAAGUUGACCUGGAAGCCUUGAUGUUGCUCGGCGAAGAUGAUCUCAAGUCUAUGGGAGUUCCUCUAGGUCCUCGGAAGAAGCUGUUGAGAGCCAUCGAGUUGAGGAGGGACGCUUUGGAGGACCCUGGGGAAGUCCUAGACUCCAAGUUGUGAAAGGACUGGACCCGUUUCGUUUCGUCUCUGGAAAGUUUGUGCCAUUUAUUUUGUCGAAGGAACACUGUUGUGUAAAACUCUCAACCAGUUCGAGGACCUUCUUGUGUGGCGGUUCCAUCUGGAGGUGUGAACAGGACUUUCUGCUUGUGUUCCUAGUUUCCUUAACACAUAGGGUAGAUAUAUAGCCACUUGUAGUAUACGUGAUAGCACACAGUGUUCACCACAAUAAGCCAGGAUGCCACCAAAUUAUAGGUUGGGUUGGCCCAUAUCAGGCGGGCACCUAUGCCAAAGGAUAGUCGUAUCACAGCAAAGAAAUGUGCACUUCACUGCAAAAAUGACUCAUGAAUCGUGAUAGGCACACGGUUGUGUGUUCUAUGCCAGAAUGAGCUGUUCUUCAAGAGAGACUUCUGGAUAUGUUCCAGACAAGUGUAGUCCCAGUUGUCAUAUGUAAAUAUGAAGUGUUUUUGGA